AUGGCGUCCUCACAAUUGCAGUUUGCCUACCGCACCCAGAAGGGCAUCGGCCUGUUCGAUGCUGCGCCGUCUUACCAGCCUCUCUCUGGGUUCGCCAAUCCUGAAGGGAACCUCCGGUGUUGUGCAUACUCGCCCUGUGGCCGUUACUUUGCCUGGGCGAGCCCCGAAGUUGUUACCGUUGUCGACGCUUCCACCGGCCAGCAGGUUCUUGCCCUCCCCAUCCUCAAUGUCCUCGAGCUCGGCUUCUCCCCUCUCGGCACCUUCCUCGUCACCUGGGAGCGACCUGCCAAGGACGAGAACGGAGAUGCGACCAAGAACCUGAAGGUCUGGCGUACUGUCGAAGAUGGCGUUGCCGGAGCCGACAAGCUGCCCUUGGGCAAGUACGUCCAAAAGUCGCAGGGAGGCUGGAACCUUCAGUACACAGCCGACGAGAAGUUCUGUGCCCGUCAAGUCACCAACGAAGUCCAGUUCUACGAAAGUCACGAUCUCGGUACCGUCUGGAACAAGCUGAGAGUCGAGGGCGUCGCCGACUUUGCCCUGGCUCCCGGCCGUUCCCACUCCGUUGCUGUCUUCAUUCCUGAACGCAAGGGACAACCCGCUGCCGUCAAGGUCUACAACGUGCCCCAGUUCAACGCCCCCAUUUCCCAAAAGACCUUCUUCAAGGGCGACAAGGUCCAGCUCAAGUGGAACCAAUUGGGAACUAGCAUUCUCGUUUUGGCCCAGACCGAUGUCGACAAGUCCAACAAGAGUUACUACGGCGAGACCACCCUGUACCUGCUUAGUGUCAAUGGCUCUUUCGACGCCCGCGUCAGCCUUGACAAGGAGGGCCCUAUUCAUGAUGUGACUUGGUCCCCGAACUCCAAGGAGUUUGGUGUCGUCUAUGGUUACAUGCCUGCGAAGACUACCAUCUUCAACCACCGCGCCGUUGCCCAGCACUCGUUCCCCCUGGGACCUCGCAACACCAUCAUCUUCUCGCCUACGGGACGAUUUGCUCUUGUUGCUGGAUUCGGAAAUCUGGCUGGCCAGAUCGAUGUCAUUGAUCUCGAGAAGGAUUUCCGCAAGCUCCACACCAUUGAGAGUGGUAACCCCAGCGUCUGCACGUGGAGUCCCGACAGCCGUUAUAUCAUGACGGCUACCACUUCUCCUCGUCUUCGUGUCGACAACGGCAUUAAGCUCUGGCACGUCAGCGGUCCCCUCAUGUACAACGAGGACAAGGUUGAGCUUUACCACGUUGUCUGGAGGCCCCUGGCUGCUGAGAAGGUUGCGGGCGGAGAUCCUCUGAACCCGGUUCCCACCCCCCACGCCUCCGCGGCUACUUACUUGGGCUCCGUAAAGACGCCCAGCAAGCCCGCAGGAGCUUACCGCCCCCCUGGCGCUCGUGGCCUCGCCACCCCGCUUCAUUUCAAGCGAGAGGACGAGGGCGGCGCGGCCCACAUCAGCAUGAACAACGGAUCUGCGCCCAUUGGACCUAACGGGUUCGGACGCCCCCGCCGUGGUGUGCCUGGUGCAGAGUUUGCGGUCCCUGGUGCUGCUCCUAAGGUUCCCGGAGCCGACCCGAACGACGAUGAAAAUUUGUCGAAGGCGGCGCUCAAGAACAAGAAGAAGCGCAACAACAGAAAGAAGGACGGAGAAAUCAACCCAGAGGGCCAGAACGGCGGUGGUGCCUCGCUUGCCCCGCCUCCCCGUGACUUCGGCGCGGGUUCUGGUCACGAGGGUCGCAGCCCUGAGCGCCGUGGCGGUGCCGGAGGUAACCACAGACACCGCAGCCACUCUCGAAACCCCGGUGCGGGCCAGCAUCGUAACAGGAGCAACACCCACCGAGGCCAGAAUGGCGCGCCGCAGGUACCUAACGCGCAGCCUCAACAGGCCGCACCGGUGACUGUGACUAGCCCCGGCGCCGAUAACUCGCAAAACCCGAACGCGAAGAAGAUUCGCAGCUUGCAGAAGAAGGUCCGCGCGAUCGAAGAUCUCGAGAUGAGACUGGCCGGAGGCGAGAAGCUUGAGGAUACGCAGAUGAAGAAGAUCGGCACCAAGUCAUCUGUGCUCAAGGAGUUGGAUGGUCUCGGUGGCGAGGGUCACUAA